CAAAUAAUCUCAGCAAAUUCAUUGUUGUGAAAGUUCACCCCCGCAACAAUCACAGCAUUAUGGAUGAUCAGUUGCGGACUGUGGCACAAAAUGGAGACAUUGAUGUAUAGAAAGGUUGCCCAGGAUCCAUAUAUCCUGGAUCGUAUUGAUCGGCUACCGAUUGCCGAUACACCCUUGCACGAGGCUGCUAGGUCAGAUAAACCCCAUUUUGCAAUGGAAGUUGCAAAUUUGAAACCAUCACUUUCUUCGAAGCUAAACCAUAUGGGACUUAGUCCUGUCCAUCUUGCUCUGCAGCAUAACUGCAGUCAUAUGGUUAGAGGACUAAUCACGAUCAAUAGUGAGCUGAUCCGUGUCAAAGCAAAGGGGAUGAUUACACCAUUACACUAUUUAGCUCAGAUCGAUGAUGCUGAUCUUUUAGCUGAAUUUUUAUUUGCUUGUCCAUCAUCUAUUGAAGACACCACAGUUAAAUUUGAGACCGCAGUGCACAUAGCCGUGAAAAAUCGUUCAAUUAGAGCUCUCAAAGUCCUUCUGGGAUGGCUAAAUCGAGUUAACAAAGAAGAUAUUCUGAAUUGGAAAGAUGAAGACGGUAACACAGCCUUGCAUAUUGCUGUAUCUACUAAUCAGCCUCAGGUUGUGAAGUUGUUGGUUAAGCAUGUCAAUGUGAAUGUCAAGAACUCCAAUGGUAUGACAGCUAUGGACACAUUUCACCUUCAAGGAACAAUGCAGAACUUAGAGAUCGGUAAGAUUCUAAGUCGUGCUAGAGCAAAAACGGCAUCCAAUCUUACCUCAAACAUGACUCUCAGAGAUUACUUGAGCAGGAACUUAAGUCUGAUCGAUAUACGAGACAAAUAUUUGGGAAUUUAUUCUCGUAAUAAUUGUAGUGAUAUUCGUGCUGUGGUCCUUGUGGUGGCUAUCCUGAUUGUGACAGCCACCUAUCAGGCCGGCCUCCAGCCUCCAGGGGGGUACUGGCAAGAUAACUAUAAACCAGCAACAACAAAUAAUGGUAGUAGCAGUGCCAACAACACCAAUACCACCUUGGGCCAAGAUCAAAGGCCACAUAAUGCAGGACAGAUAAUCAUGAAACCUUUUAAUCUAUUCUAUUUCUUCACUCUCAAUAGUUUGGCUUUCUAUAUAUCAGUUUGGACGAUUCUGGUUGUUAUAACAGGCCUUCCAUUUUCCAUGAUCCUUUACAUAUGUACAUUUUUUCUCCUUCUUUCAUAUUAUGCUUCGCUAGUUAGCAUCUUCCCUUCACAGCCAAACUCUUCGAGUUUCACAACUGCCAGAACUUCAUUCAUAUUCUUUAUUUAUGUUUCGGCAGUAGCGGUAUAUGCAUUUCCUUCGAUAGCGCUUUUUAAACAUGGACGGGUUAAAAACCGGGUGGUCUCAAUGAGAGGAAACAGGGUAGGUGCCUGUCCAGAAAUAUGAAGAGAUGAGGAAACUAUGUACUUGUUUUUAUGUUAUAGAUUUUAGAGUGUAUUUGAAUCUGGUGUUGGUUUAGGGUUUACCCAAAAUCAGAGGAAACGGGGUAGUUGCCUAUAGGCGUAAAUGUUACCGUAGUUCCAAAGUCAUUCAGGAUCAAAAGAAGAAGUUCAAGGCGCCUAAGGCUUGUAUUUGAAGCAAUUGAGACAACAAAUGCUUACUCAUUUGGGGAAAUGGUAUUAAAGGGUAAAAAGCACACAGUAAGAGUUCCUUUAGCUAUUAAUGUAGGUUCAACAUCAAGUUCUUGAUAUUUAUCUCCCCUUUCAACCAUGCAAAUGAAGAAAAUGUGUUACUUGCUCUUCAAGCAA